AUGAAUCAACUAAUAAACCAUGCAAAAUAUUAUAGAAGGAGAUGCAAAUAUUCUUUAAAUUUUAAAAAAACCUUUCUAUUAAUUCUUUUAGGAUAUUUAAUCCUUAAAACAUACAUUGGGGUACUGAGUUAUGAAAGCAGUUUAAAACGCUCAAAAAUUCGACUGAAAACCGUAUCAAAAUUAAAUCCAGAAUCAAAAUCAAAUUGGUUAAAUGAAGACUUGAAAAUUGAUUUAGAGGAAAACGAUUUAGAAACGGAUAAAAAUUUUAAUAACGAUUUAAAAGCAAACGCAAUAAUAAACGAUUUAGAAGAUUUACAAGAAACCAGGGAUUCACAAAACGAUAUAUUACCAGACGAUAUAUUACCAGAUGCCAUAGUAACAGACAGCGAAGACGAUUUAAAAUUUGAAAAUCCUGACCUUGGAAUUAAUCGAAAAUAUUGCGGAUCAAAUGAAUGUAAAUUUCUUUUCGCAUAUGUCGUAAUGGAACAAGAAACUCGAGCCAAUCUUCAUUUUCUCACGUUUACUCAAAUUGCUCUGGAGUUGAAUAGAAUUAUCGUAUUAACCAAUGUUGGAGAUUCCAGAAUAAGAACUUGCAAACCAUUUUCAUUUGAUUUUUAUUAUAAUAUCGAAUUUUUAAGAAAAAAGUUCCCUCAUUUAAAAUUUAUUACGCAAGAUGAUUUUCAACUUUGGACCAAAGAACGAUUUCAAAAACCCAAUACAGCUCACACAGUCAUUUCUGUUGGACCUUCAUUCACUACCGAAAUUUUAGAAUUUUCUGAAUCAUAUCGUGACAAUUACUAUGAACAUUAUUGCCUUGACAGAUUUGAUUUAAAAUUUAAUGAAGAAACAAUUUUUAAAAAUAUUAUCAUCAAUAAACGUGCUUAUUUGGAUGAUAUUAGAGAUUUUGUAAUUGAAAAUUCACAAACAGAUACUGAAGUAUUACUUUAUGGACAUAACCUUAGAUUUUCGUUAUUUGAUCAAUCUUCUCAAAUGGAAUAUGCUCCACAUCUUUUAAAUGCGGCCAAAGAAGUUAGUGAAUCUUUACAUCCAUAUAUAGCAAUACAUUGGAGAAUGGAAACAGGAAAUAAUGAAAUGAUGCCAGGAUCAACAGAUUAUCCAUUAAUAGGAGAAAAAGGUCAGUCAUCAACAUUUCGUAAUAUAACAGAAUUUCAUUAUGAGGCGAUGAGAAUAAUCAAAACAUCCCCAAUUUUAUUUAAAAAUUGGACUAGUAUAAAUGUGGUCAAAUAUUUAAAGAAUGUAAAUGCAUUAAAAAAAUUUGGUGAAAAUUUUGACCAUCAAUUGGAAAAAGAGUUAAUGGGACCAGGAAUACAAGGAAUUUUUGAUAAAUUAAUAUUAUUAAAUUCAGAUUAUUUUAUUGGUGGACCAGAAGGUUGUUGUAGAGCAUCUAGUUCAUUUACACGUUCUAUUGAAAAUGGAAGAAAAAUUUUAAUAAGAGAAAGAAGUAAUAAAAUAAAAAAUAUCUAUGCACAAUGGUAA